GUGAAUUUUGGAACACAGUCCUCGUGUCGUUGAGCGCGAAAAACGUGUUCUCCUACUGAAAUAGUACCGAGUCAAUAAUAAUUACAAAUAUAUACAUAUAUUAUGGCAAAUGUUAUUGAAGAUUUGUUUGAUGUUUUCGACGAGCAGGGUGACGAGUCGGAAAUCAUUCCACUACCCGUGAAAUCAGAUCUUUCGUUGACAAAAAGUGAAUCAGAUGGAGCUAUAAAGCGUCAACAUGACAAAGACGAUGACAACGUAUUGGUUAAGAAAAUACGACACGAUCCAGUCUUAGAUGAGAUCAAUCUAGAAGAAAUAGCAUGUCGUAUAAAAAUACAUACCAUAGAGUCUAUAGAAUCUUGCACACACGAGGUUGCUGUGCCUUAUGAACAGGAACUUGUGCCUUUGGAACGUAAGGAGAGCAAGCCAGCAAAGGAAUACAAAUUUAUACUGGAUCCAUUCCAAAAGGAAGCAAUUUUAUGCAUUGAAAACAAUCAAUCUGUUCUUGUUUCAGCACACACAUCAGCUGGCAAAACUGUUGUGGCCGAAUAUUCGAUAGCGUGCUCACUUAGAGAAAAACAAAGAGUAAUAUAUACCACACCAAUCAAGGCACUGAGUAAUCAAAAGUACAGAGAAUUUUAUGAAGAAUUUAAGGAUGUUGGAUUAGUAACAGGUGAUGUUACUAUAAAUCCUACAGCCAGUGUAUUGAUUAUGACUACUGAAAUUCUACGUAAUAUGCUUUACAGAGGCUCGGAGGUGAUGCGAGAAGUUGGUUGGGUAAUCUUUGACGAAAUUCAUUAUAUGCGUGACAAAGAAAGAGGCGUAGUAUGGGAAGAAACACUUAUAUUAUUGCCGGAUAAUGUGCACUAUGUAUUUCUUUCUGCUACCAUACCUAAUGCACGGCAAUUCGCGGAAUGGGUAGCGCACUUGCACAAACAGCCCUGCCACGUGGUAUAUACAGACUAUAGGCCUACGCCGUUACAGCAUUACAUAUUUCCAGUUGGCGGUGAUGGGAUUCACCUGGUCGUGGACGAAAUGGGUCAUUUUAAAGAAGAGAAUUUCAACAGAGCUAUGGCAUGCUUGCAAAACAUGGGCGACGCAGCUAAAGGCGAUACAAAAGGACGCAAAGGUGGCCUACGCCCUUCGAACAGCGGACAGACGAAUAUCUUCAAGAUGGUAAAAAUGAUCAUGGAAAGGAAUUUUGCACCCGUAAUAAUAUUCAGUUUCUCAAAGAAAGACUGCGAGGUUUAUGCCAUGCAAAUGUCUAAAUUAGACUUUAAUACAUUGGAGGAGAAGAAAUUGGUGGAUGAGGUUUUCAAUAAUGCUAUAGAUGUUCUCAACGAUGAGGAUAAGAAAUUACCGCAAGUGGAAAAUGUGUUGCCGCUUCUGCGACGCGGAAUAGGAAUCCAUCAUGGUGGUCUUUUGCCGAUCUUGAAAGAAACUGUAGAGAUAUUAUUUGGCGAAGGUCUGAUUAAAGCUCUCUUUGCUACCGAAACGUUUGCCAUGGGUUUGAACAUGCCUGCGCGAACAGUUUUGUUCACGGCGCCCCGUAAAUUUGACGGCAAAGAUUUUCGUUGGAUCACGUCAGGCGAAUAUAUACAAAUGGCUGGUCGUGCCGGUAGGAGAGGCUUAGACGAAAAGGGGAUUGUGAUAUUGAUGAUAGAUGAGCAAGUUAGCCCAGUUGUUGGCAAAGCUAUCGUUCAAGGAAAGCCAGAUCCAAUUAAUUCCGCGUUUCACUUGACUUACAAUAUGGUUCUCAAUCUCUUACGAGUCGAAGAGAUCAACCCAGAAUAUAUGUUGGAGAGAAGUUUUUUUCAAUUUCAGAAUCAGUCUUCUAUUCCGGUUUUGUAUAACAGGGUGAAGGAACUGUACGCCGCUUACAAUAUAGUAAAUGUUGAGAAAUACGAGGAGAUAUCUUCAUAUCACGAUAUACGGGAACGACUAAACCGACUGAGCGGCGAGUUUCAAUCCUUUCUGACACAGCCAGAAUAUUUGCUGCCAUUUUUGCAACCUGGGAGACUAGUACAAGUGAAAAAUGAGAUUGGAACAUUCGAUUGGGGCAUUGUGGUGAACUUUAAGAAAAAAAAUCCAAAAAAUCCGGUAAAAGACAAGACUGUUAUCAUCAUCGACAUCUUACUUCAUAUAUCGAAAAAAUCUAAAGAGGGCAAUCCAAUUCCAUGUCGCGACGGUGAAGAAGGCGAUGUGGAAGUGGUCCCGAUUUUGCAUAAUUUAAUUUCCCAAAUAAGUGCACUCAGACUAAAAUGUCCGAAAGACCUCAGGCCACUCGAUACCCGGAAAAAUGUACUGAAAACAAUACAAGAAGCGAAAAAAAGAUACCCAGAGGGAUUACCGUUGCUUAAUCCUAUCGAAGAUAUGAAUAUACAAGAUGAAUCUUUUAAAGAUAUCGUAAAGAAAAUCGAAUUGCUAGAAGAAAAACUGUAUGCUCAUACUUUGCACAAAGAUCCUAAUAUAAAUAAAAUAUACGAGCAAUUCUUGCACAAGGAAGAACUAGCCGCGAAUCUUAAGCGAGCUAAACAGGAAUUGAAAGAGGCAAAGUCGAUACUACAGAUGGACGAGCUCAAGUGUAGGAAGCGAGUUUUAAAGAGGAUGGCGUAUUGCACGGCGGCGGACGUUAUAGAAUUAAAAGGACGUGUAGCUUGCGAACUAAACGGGGCCGACGAAUUAUUAUUAACAGAAAUGCUCUUCAAUGGUCUCUUCAACGUUUUAAGUGUACCACAGAUGGUAGCGUUGAUUAGUUGUUUCGUAUGUGACGAAAAAUCGACCGAGAUGCCCAAAAGCACGGAGGAAUUGAGAGGUCCGCUCAGGCAAAUGCAAGAUUUGGCUCGAAGAAUAGCGAAGGUUUCGACAGAAGUCAAUUUGGAGUUGGACGAAGACGCGUACGUUGAAAAAUUUAAGCCAUAUUUGAUGGACGUAAUGUACGCUUGGUGCAAAGGUGCGUCGUUUUUACAAAUCUGCAAAAUGACCGAUAUAUUUGAAGGAUCUAUCAUCAGAUGUAUGCGUCGUUUAGAAGAGGUAUUACGGCAACUAUGCCAAGCUGCGAAAGGCAUUGGAAAUGUAGAACUAGAGAACAAAUUUAGCGAGGCGAUCAAACUUAUUAAGCGAGAUAUUGUAUUUGCUGCUUCUUUGUAUUUAUGAUGUGUAUAAAAGGUACUAAUAAUGUUGCGAAACCUAUUUAUAUAUAUUCAUUUUAUGACGACGUUUUCUUUAACUGCAUCGUAACUUUCGUUGUUGUGUCGUUCAUCCUUUGAGUGGUGGUAUUCGUUUAGAUAUACCCCUACGGUAUGAAGAAUUCAAUUGCGAACAAAAAAAAAA